UAGGAUAAAAUCUACCCAAACAGUGUGCAAAUCGUUUCUGUAUAUAUAAUUAUACUUACAUUCUUUACUGCAUCGGCGGGUACUCCUAUAUUAGGAAAAUAACGUUUCUUGUGGUGGACUACAUUACCCAUGAACCCGUGCUGUCGGCUCUAAGUCUUAGAGGAACACGCAUGGAUUUAUCAACAUAUCUGCUUGUAAAUAUCACAGAUAUGUUUACCUUUAGCAUAUGAACACAUGAACUCUGAUUACCACGUUGAUAUUGAAACGAAGACUCUGGACUGUGAGCGAUUGUUCAUUGAGGUUUAUUCUCGGGCUGACAGAUGGUGUGAAACAGAUGGGCGGAAAAUAGGACACGAAAAUACAACGAGACAAACGCGUUUGUGUUUAUCGAGAGACGCAUAAAGACUGAGGAAUGAUGGUGGAUAACCGGCACGCCACAGCUCUUGUCAUCGCCGGUGUUUUAAGCGUCCUGGCGUCCGUAUAUCUGUCGGUGUCGAUCGGCUCGCCGCACUGGUACCGGUACACAAGCCCGCCGGUUCGCGCGGAGCCAAACGCCACGGAGCUGCGCGCUCUGCAAGAGGAGUUUCUGGAAGGAGAGUUUGACGAGAAAACCGUUAGCGACGCGCUGUUCCGCAUGAACGGAACGCUCGGACUUUGGUGGAGAUGCGUUCAGACGCCCACUGACGCGCACUGGUACAGAGAACCCGAUCCAAAAAUGGUGAUGGAGUGUGUGAGUUUUACUCUCUCACAGCAGUUCACUCCAAAAUAUAAAGAGCCCGGUAAUCACAACAGUGGAGAAGAUAUGAUACGAACCUAUCUGUGGCGGUGUCAGUUCCUCCUGCCACUGGUCUCUCUGGGCCUGGUGGUUCUUGGCGGUUUGCUGGGGUUCUGUGCGUGUCUGUGUGGCAGUCUGACUCCGGCGCUCUACAUCGGCCUUCUGCAUCUGCUCGCAGGCCUGUGUUCUCUGGCGACAGUGUGCUGUUUUCUGGCCGGAAUGGACCUGCUGCACCGCGUGUCCAUGUUGCCCGAUCAUGUGGACGGCACUUUGGGCUGGUCGCUAUAUCUGGCGCUCAUCGCGUCUCCUCUGCACAUGAUGGCCGCUGCACUGCUGGUGUGGGCAGCUCGCAGCCACAGUCAGAGCUACUAUCGCAUGACUGUGUAUAGAGUUGCUUAAAUGAGCAGUGACACUGACUCUAUCGUAUAAAAAUGUGGUCAGUGUCGUGAAGAGCGAAACCUGCUAGUCAGAAAAACAACCAUGUUCUAAAAAUGUCAGAUGCAGUCUCAAGAGAGAAUGAGCCCUUGCAUCUGGAGAAACAGCUGAAAGUGUGUGUGUGUGUGUGUGUGUCUGUGUCUGUGUCAAUGCAGAAUCAUGAUGGGAGGGUCCAAAAUUCACCCUUUGCAGCACCUGUCAGUGGUGGGGGUUAAAAGGAGAAAACAAAAUUACCCACCAUAAACCAUAUUUUUCAUCUUUUUGGAUUGAUAUUUUGUCCCUGUGACGAUAGGAUAACUAUUUCUCUGAUGGUGAAUUCUCUACCGAGCAAGUCAUGACAGAUUCUUUAAUAUAGAAGUUUAUUUAAUAAUCAUCUUUUGAAUUUAUUUUUGAAAUUAUUACUUAUACAUUUUGAAUGAAUGUGAUUCAUAAUAACAUUAUCUGUAAACUGGAAAGUAAAUGCGUUUUUGUGCAAGACAGCAUGGCGAGUGUUGGUUUUGUACCCUGGAUGCAGGUGUACGGGACUGCUGCUCAUGUUUUUACGCACAACUGCCAGUGUGUAACUGAUAAAUGAACGCGGACAGAAUCCAAUCUGAACUCCAGCAACAGCAUUUAAAUUCAAGAACUGAAGAGUGUGUGUGUUUUAUAGUUGAAGCACUGAUCAACUUUCUCUCAAAUUCAAAGGAUUUUCGUCUGCAUUAGAAACAUCAAACAGCUUUACUUCUCUUGUGUUUUAGCUUUAGUGAAGUAGCAUGAACAGCCAGUAAUCCUAAUGUGUGCUGCUUUUUUAAUUUAUGAACAUUAGUUAUUCAUGUAAUUCAUAUUUAUAUAUUUAUUUAUAUACAGUACAUUUAUUUUGGUAAUUGCUAACAAUCUACAUGUGUGAUGACGUGUCAGUAUUGAUGUUGCUUCCGGUUCAUUCAUCCUACUGGAAAUGGAAGGUCGUGUCAGGUGCAGUGCACUGUGGGAUACAGAAUCUCAUGCAGUGCUCUGCUGUACUGCACAUACUGGCCAGUGUAGUUGAUGAUCUGGGUGUUCAUGCUUAUAAAAACAUAAUCUUUUUACAUAGUGGACGCAUGUUUUUUUUUUUUUUUUUUUUUUUUUUUUUUUCGAACAUGUUAAAGUUGACUUUUUUUUUCCCAAACAUGCAGUAUUCCCAUGACAAAAGUAAUAAUCAGUAAUAAACACAUCUUGAGCUCA